AUGGCCCUCUUUGACCCACUCUCACAAUCACACCCUGCUCCUACACAAAAUCAGCUGGCAAGUGGAAAUUCCCUAUCUGCGCGGUCCCUUCCUAUCAAGGAAGUAUGUGAAUAUGCUGGGAUCUCCAUGACCGGCCCUGACAGCACCCCAGUCUCAAAGGUCCACUGGCGUUUGGAGUCAGAGACUAUCAUCUUUCAUCCCUGGCAGCCCUCUGCCAUUGCAUGGGUAAUGGCCCAGGAAGGCAUUCCUAUCCGUAGUGGGAUCUUGGUAGAUGCAUGUGUUCUAGGGAAGACACUCUCGGCCCUGUGUCUAACAUGUUUUGCCACAAUGAGGAAGGCCCAAACACAUGGACAGGAACGUACCCAGAGGGUGAAAUACCGCCCUUCAAUCAUUAUCGUGCUUGCGAGUGUCAUCAUGCAAUGGGUUGACCAGAUUGACCACCUUCUUAAGCAAAAGCGUAAUGUGAUGAUCUUCUGGGGUAACUCGGAGCAUGUCAGCGAUACGUCGCGCAAGGAGCGCACGGUCAAAUACUGGGAUGCACGGCGGACCAAUCUGGGAGGACUCGACGUUGACGAUCCUGAGACUGGAUGUACGGUGGUGAUCACAUCAUACCAAACAUGGGCCUAG